AUGGCCGACGCCCCGCCAUCAAUUCCCUCAGUGGAGCUCACCACUCCCAGCAUCAAACCUCAAGAGAUCUCGUUCACAUUGCCCAAAGCACUGCACACAACAGCACAUGUUCACUUGAACUUCCUGGGACAUUGCGCCAUGGUAUUUCUCGCAACCUCAACGCCAGGCGACUCAGGUGGCUCUAUCAAGCCCAUGGGGAGUUUUGUCUACACGAUGCCUGAUCGCGCAUCUCCUAAGUCGACGAUAUCCACAACGCUCUACACAUCAGCAUCUAGCAUUGAAUACACAACCCGCAUGGCCAAGAUCCUGGCUAGGCGAUUUGCGAUUCCAGUUUAUGUUGGGUGUAGCAUUGACCCGCAUGCUUUGGGUUUGGAGGUCCAGGAGGAGAUGGAAGGGCUCACUAAGAUUGUGAAUGUCAUUAUGGAAAAGUGGGAAGAACACAAGCAGGCAAUGACUGAAAAUGCAAAGCAAUAG